AUGGCUUUGUACAUGCGCGCACCCCCUGGCUCCGGCGUGCUUGAUGCAAUUUCAUCAAGCCCGGAUGCCAGCGACGUACACAGCCGCCGCUCACUCGGACCGACGCCCGUCACGUCCGGUGCUUACCGUCCGGCUCGACUUCGCAUGGCCGCGCCGACUUCGUAA